GCAUUCUGUAUAGAGAUGAAUUUCCUUUAUUUGAAUAACUUGUUACCUGCUGAGCAGGUGGGUCUUGAGAGACCACGCUGGAAUACGUCCAUGAGGGAUGAGGCGCACCCCUUUCCUGAGCGUCCUCACAUGCACGUGAACACCCGUUACAACGGCGUCGAGGUCGUGAGCACGCACUUCCCAGAGACAAUCAAGGGAACGGCUUAUUUUCGCCUGCCAAACUCGUCCAAACCGCGAGUGUGGGAGACAAAUCGGAUGAAGGCACGAUCGCUGAAUCGCUCGACUUUUCAAUGCCCCUCUCUUCAAGAGGAGGAUCCGCCCAUGAGCUACCUCGCUAUGGUCGUCAUCGACGAUAACUCCAACGAGAAGAGAGGAAAAGAGCAGCACUGGUGCGCAAGUACGGCGUUAGAGAGACACCGCGAGAGUUGGUUUGUGCGGCCCAAGCCCGAGCCAGACUACGUGAAGAUGAACGCGAAAAAGCCGUUCGUGAAUACCGCCACCUACAUCUCCCCCAUGAGACGUGCGGAAGAAGAUGAGAAACGGGUGCGUCGGGAUAAGCAGCAGCAACUAGAGGCCUCUCAGUUCACACCGCUUACCUUGUACAAACGUUCAGAUUGUCCUGAUGUGUUUAAAAUGAGCAAUAUCGACGAGUGGUGUAAUAUAGAUACUGUGAAAGUAGCCAAGGAACGAGCUGCUCUAAGGGCUACUCUCCAGUGUAAUCCUUAUAACCCUUUGUCCACUGUUCCGAGAAAAUAGAGACCUUUGAGUUUAUAGCAAGGAAAAUAAAAAUUUAAAAAAUUUGAAAACUUGAGGUUUUUGUGUGCCCACUUUCAUUGUACAUUAUAAUUUUUCUUUUAGUGGAAGACUGCCUAUAAACACGUGUAUAGGUACGUAUUAUUUACCCAUUCUGAUGCCACAAGUUGCUUAUUUCGAUGUAUUGUUAUUUUAAAUCAAGCAAAAUUAACAAGAAGAUAUCUUUUUUCUUGCUGAGUCAACCU